CCCCGCGCCGCGAGGGAUCCGCCCCCGGGAUCGCGCCGGGAUUUGGGAUCGGCGGGGCCGCCCGGGGGCUCCGGGGGCGAGCGGGGACACCGAGCCGGGAGUUUGGGGGCGUCCGAGGUGGGGUAUGAACGCUGGAGGGUUCGGAGCGGGUCGGGGUUUGGCUCUUUAAAGGAGUUUGGGGGGGGGUCGCCGUGGCUGGAGCAUCUCUAGAAAGGGGGAGUUUUGGGGGGUUCCCACCCUAUUUUGGGGGGAGUCUGUAAGGGGAAGGGGUUUAACCCCUGUAGAGAGCUUCCCCAAGAUGGGUUUUGGGGGGUUUAACCCCUCUCUGCGGCUGGGGUAGCUCUGUAAGGGGAGUUAUUGGGGGGUUUAACUUUUCCCCCACCUCAUCUGGGGUAGCUUUAAAAAGGGGAUCUGUGGGGUUUUGUGUCCCCCCCCUUUUCCCCCUGGGAUAUCUGUGCAGGGGCUUUGGGGUUCACAUCUGGCCAGAUGUGAAGUGCAGGGGGCUAGAGGGGGUUUAAAACCCCCCCCAAACCUAGGACAGAACUGGGGUCUAGUCCAGAACAACCAGAGCAGCCCAAGGAGGGGUCACUGAGCCCCCAAAGCUCCGUGUGGGGUCGAGAGGAGCCCCCAAAUCUCUGUGUGGGGUCGAGAGGAGCCCCCAAAUCUCCGUGUGGGGUCGAGAGGAGCCCCCAGCUGUGGGCCCAGCCCUCCCACCCUGUGGAUGCUGCGCCCCUGGAGAUGAUGCCCCCCGAGGAGGAGAACCUGGGUGGCCCCAGGAAAGGGGACAGGACCGGUGGCCUCGUCCUCCUGCCCGGCCCCAAGAGCGGCAGCGCUCGGAAGGGCUGUGAUCCCUUUGCCCAGACCCAACGGAGCAAACUCCAACAUCGCCGGGCCCGGAUCAACCAGCAGAUCAACAAGGAGAUGAGGAUGAGGGCGGGAGCAGAAAACCUCUUCAGGGCCACCAGCAACCACAAGGUGAAGGAGACGGUCGCCCUGGAGCUGAGCUACGUCAACUCCAACCUGCAGCUGCUGAAGGAGGAGCUGGAGGAGCUCAACAGCAGCGUGGACAUCUAUCAGAACGACAGUGAGUCCAUCAGUGUCCCCAUGAUCCCUUUGGGAUUGAAGGAGACCAAGGAGCUGGAUUUGCUGGUCCCACUGAAGGAUUUCAUCAGUGAACACUAUGGGGAGGAAGGUGUCCUGUUUGAGAAAGAAAUCAAGGAGUUCAUGGAACUGAGGCAGGCCAUGCGCACACCGAGCCGCAACGAAGCCGGGCUGGAGCUGCUGAUGGAAUAUUACAACCAGCUCCACUUCCUCGACAGCCGCUUCUUCCCUCCCACCAAACCCCUGGGGGUCUUCUUCCACUGGUACGACUCGCUGACAGGGGUGCCGUCCCACCAGCGGGCUCUGGCCUUCGAGAAGGGCAGCGUCCUCUUCAACCUGGGCGCCCUGCUCACCCAGAUCGGGGCGCGCCAGGCCCGCGCCGCCCUGCCCGGCCUCAACCAGGCCAUCGACGCCUUCCAGAGGGCAGCGGGUGCCUUUAACUACUUGAAGGAGAACUUCUCCAACGCUCCCAGCCUGGAUAUGAGCGCCCCUUCCUUGGACAUGCUGGUGAGGCUGAUGGUGGCCCAGGUGCAGGAGUGUGUCUUUGAGAAGAUGACCUUGCUCCGUGCCCAGAACGACUUCCUGGCCCGGCUGCAGCUGGCUCAGGAGGCAGCAAAGGUGGAGGAUGUCUACUCGCUGGUGCACCAGACCAUGACCCAGCCCCACGUGAAGGACUACGUUCCCUUCUCCUGGACCACCAUGGUGCACGUCAAGUCGGAGCAUUUCAAAGCCCUCUCCCACUACUUCGCUGCCAUCGCCCUCUGCGACUGCCCCGUGGCCUCGGAAUCUGAGCUUCCAGAGCAGGAGAAGGCCUUCAUGCAGUUCCACCUCACCAUGCCGGAGGGGCCAUCGCUCCGUGUCCUGCUGCAGGAUCCCGAGGAGAGGAGGAAGUUGGGCAAAGCCCACCUGAAAAAAGCCAUCAUGAAGCACGAGGAGGCCAUGAGGAUCCACGGGCUGUGCAAGAUCCUCAGGAAGAUGGACAUCCUGCAGGAGGUCCUGUCCUUCGCCCACAAGCGCUCCCUGAGCAAGUACUCGGAGAUCGACCACGAGGAGGAUUUCUUCGAGACGGGGGAUGCCCCAGACAUCCACCCCAAAACCCACCAGAAGCCCGAGAUCAAACCCCCCAACUUCUCCCAGGUGAAGGUGACCGACCUCUUCCACAGGCUGGGACCCCUGUCGGUCUUCUCUGCCAAAAACAAGUGGUAUCCAGCCAGGAGAGUCCACCUGAUGAGGGGAGAGAAUGGAUUUGGGUUCACUCUGAGGGGAGACUCGCCCGUCCUCAUCGCCGGCGUCAUCCCGGGGGGCUGCGCUGCCGCAGCCGGGCUGAAGGAGGGCGAUUACAUCGUCUCGGUGAGCGGCCGGGACUGCCGGUGGGCCAAGCACGCCGAGGUCGUGCAGCUCCUCAAGAGCUGCGGCGCCGACGGCGUCGACGUCGCCGUCAUCACCCUGCACGGCUCCGAGGCACCCCGUGCCGUGGACAAGAAGGCAGCAGGGAUGUCCUCGGGGAUGCUGAAGAGCAACAAGGAGAACAGCAGGAAGAGCCUGAUGAACAGCAAGAGCCCCAGCACGCUGCUGGUGUGGAGCAAGAAGAGCAAGCGCAGCAAGAAGAGCACCUACAGCGGCGUCCCCUUCACCGCCGUGGGGGACAACGAGGCCAUGUACUGAGGGGGGAGGUCACCA